AGAAACUGAAGAAGAAGAAAGGGAUAAAGUACCGUACACGCGCAUGUAAAAUUAUUUUACGGGUUAAAGUUACGAUACUGUGUAAUAUCAUUGCACCUAAACAUCUGUCGCUACGUUUGUACGUUUUGUGCUUACAAAGUGAUUAAGCUUAGGCUACCCCAGACAGCUGUUCACUGAAAAGACGAAACCGGAAGUUGUCGGGGGUUCAUCCUCUUACACCUGCUUGUUCUCUGCGCUGUCGUCCAAGAAUGGCCGCUGCCGCAUCAGGAAUAAACAAGCAGGGCGCUGUAGCGACGAUGGAGCCGUGCAUUCGACACGGCAGAGGAGCUAACGGGAGCACCGUGAAGGUGCUGGAGUGCGGUGUCUGUGAGGACGUCUUCUCUCUGCAGGGGGACAAGGUCCCUCGCUUACUGCUCUGUGGCCACACAGUGUGUCACGACUGUCUUACCAGGUUGCCUCUCCAUGGCAGAGCAGUCCGCUGCCCCUUCGACAGACAAGUCACAGAGCUGGGUGAUUCAGGUGUUUGGGGCCUGAAAAAGAACUUUGCUCUCCUUGAACUCUUGGAGCGACUCCAGAACGGAGCGUCCAACCAAUCAGGCAUGGCCGAGGACACUUUGAAAGGCAUGGGAGAGUGUAUAAUACGCUGUGACGAGGAUGAAAGCCACACGGCCUCCAUGUACUGCACCGUGUGUGCCACCCACCUGUGCGCUGAGUGCUCCCAGCUCACACACUCCACCCGCACCCUGGCCAAGCACCGGCAGGUGCCGCUGGCUGACAAGCCCCACGAGAAGACUCUGUGUCCGCAGCAUCAGGUCCACGCCAUUGAGUUUGUCUGUCUGGAGGAGGCGUGUCAGUCUGGGCCUCUUAUGUGCUGCGUGUGUAAAGAGUACGGCAAGCACCAGGGACACAAGCAUGCUGUUCUUGAGACAGAAGCUAAUCAGAUCCGUGCGUCCAUUCUGGACAUGGCCCACUGCAUCCGCACCUUCACAGACGAGGUGUCCGAGUACUCCAGGAAGCUGGUGGGCAUCGUGCAGCAAAUAGAAGGUGGAGAGCAAAUAGUCGAAGACGAAGUUGGGAUGGCACACACCGAACAUGUUCCCGGCACAGCAGAGAGCGCCCGCUCCUGUGUCCGUGCUUACUUCGCCGACCUCCACGAGACUCUGUGUCGGCAGGAGGAGAUGGCGUUGAGCGUGGUGGACGCUCACGUGAGGGAGAGGCUGAUCUGGCUGAGGCAGCAGCAGGAGGACAUGACUAUCCUGCUGUCUCAGGUGUCCACAGCCUGUCUACACUGUGAGAAAACACUGCAGCAGGAUGACUGCCGAGUCGUGCUGGCGAAGCAGGAGAUCAACUGUCUGCUGGAGACUCUGCAGAAGCAGCAGCACCAGUUCACAGAGCUGGCUGAUCAUAUUCAGCUGGAUGCUGGCAUCCCUGUCACCUUCACUAAGGACAACCGGGUUCACAUUGGUCCAAAGAUGGAGAUCCGUGUUGUGACACUCGGGCUGGAUGGAGCCGGGAAAACCACCAUCCUUUUUAAGCUGAAGCAGGAUGAGUUCAUGCAGCCCAUUCCAACCAUUGGUUUUAAUGUGGAGACUGUUGAAUAUAAAAAUCUAAAAUUCACCAUCUGGGACGUGGGUGGGAAGCAUAAGCUCCGACCACUGUGGAAACACUACUUUCUCAACACUCAAGCCGUGGUGUUCGUGAUCGACAGCUGCCACAGAGACAGACUGAUGGAGGCUCACAGUGAACUGGCCAAACUGCUGACGGAGAAGGAGCUGAGGGAUGCCCUGCUGCUCAUCUUUGCAAACAAACAGGAUGUUCCCGGAGUCGUCUCCGUAGAGGAGAUGACGGAGCUACUGAGUCUACACAAACUGUGCUGUGGCAGGAGCUGGCACAUUCAGGGCUGCGACGCCCGCAGUGGGAUGGGCCUCCAUGAAGGUUUGGACUGGCUGUCCAGACAGCUGGUGGCUGCUGGUGUCCUGGAUGUGGCCUAGGUGUCACCUAGGUGUUUACAUUUUACUGCCCAAUUAGACUCUUGGCUUUUAUCUUCUUUUAGGUUUAAUGCAGUAUAAGCAGUUUCUACCAGUGCUGAAGGGGCAGUCGUGAUACAGAGUGGUUGUAAAAUUAAAGCAGCACCCACAGGAGGUGAGCUUCUCCUGUGACAGGACAGAAAUCAGCAAAGGCUUUAAACACAACCACACGAACACAUCUUUACUCUCAUAGCCACAGUAAAUGGAGAUGACCGUGUUUUCUGGACUGUAUCACACCAGUAUAAGUCGCUUCUGUUCAAAAAAUACAUCAUGAAGAGGGAAAAAUGGAUUGAAUCUGAUUUCACAAGAAUCCCAUUAGGAAACAAUAUUCAUUUACACAGUUUCAUCCUCAGAGACUGACUCUCCGUCACCGUCCGUUAGUCCGUCGGUUUAUUUUCUGCUAAUCGAUAGCUGUUAUUGUCGACAUACUUUAUAAUCUGCAGUUUGAAUUCUGCAGUAUGGCUUUUCUGUGUAUUGUUUAUGCAGGUCUUGGUGGCGCAGUGGUGGCGCUCGGGAAUAGGUUAGCUAUGGGUAGCUAUAUAGGUAGUUGAAGGACCAGUCGAACUACUAACACAAGCGUCCGGAAAAUACGGUAUCUUAAAUUUAGUUAGAAAUUCAUAAUAACUCAUACCAAACAUAAUUACAUAAUGUACCAUUAAGCAUUCAAAAUCGAAUCUUUCUUGACUUUUUAGGCAUAUUGUACACAGUUUAACAUAUAAAUUACGCUAGAGUUCAAUUCAUCUUCAGUUCUUAUCUAAGUAUGUACAGUUCGUGAACUAGCUGAAUGUUAGAAAUGCUUCGUAUGUCCUACAGUAGAUCGGUGGGCUACAUCUGUAUAUCUCCAUGUAAAAUGUUAACACUGUACAACAUCAUCGACCGAGCCCAGAGUAGUCCUUACUGUAUGAUACAAUGUCUUUAGGUUACAGUCGGAGCCAGUGUGUGUGCAGCUGAGUGAGAAGGUCGCCAUGAAGCCUGAUGAUUUCACAUAUUGUUAGGCUGAGCUGUGUAGUCUUCUCCUGAGAGCAGCAAACGACAGAGGUCUGAUGGACUCUUUAAGAUCAAGUGCUGUUUUAUUUUCACCGUGUAUGAAAUGAGUUACUGUUAACUACUUUGUCUUAAAAUGACACAGUCAGUGAUGUGAAUGAUGGGCUUCCUGUUACAGAACAAAAUUGUUUACUGAACUUUUUUUAUAUGCGGGAACCAGGGCGUUACUCGAGGGAGGGACAGUGAGGCUGUGCGAGGGAGCGCAUUUUUACUGCAUGGAUUCUGAGAUCUCUGUACGUGGCGUGUCAAACGCACUUGUCUGCUGCCUCACCAGUUUUUAUUUGGAAGCUAUUUGAAUUAUUUACUAAUUCAGUCCCAAUGCAAAUGAAAAAAAAAUGUAUCAUGAAAAUAUUUGUACUCUAACCUCUGACUUGAGUCCUGUUGAUGUGGAGUGCUCAUGACGUGGUACACAUUUAAUCUCCAGCUUCAGGAAUGUAAUGUGAAACACCUGACACUAACAGUUAUCCUAACAGAAGAAACAGAAUGUGUUUAAAUUAACCUUUGUUCAUAGCUACAGUGUGUACACUAGUGUUCACUACUUGUACUUAUGUAUAAAAAACACAUAUUUGACAAGCCUUUUCAUUUUGUUUGUGAAAAACAUUUGUUUAUUUAUGAAAUGCAGAAGCACAAUGCUCAUCGAAACCUUUGUUACCAGUGGACUCAAUAACAGCUUUUGUAAAUUAUUCAUAAUGUUUUGCUGUAAAAUAAACUGAUUAACCUGAA